AGGGUUCCAUCGUUACCCAAUAUUGUGAUCUUAAAAUUUCAAGUCUCGUGUUAUCGGGACAAGCAAUCAAUCAAUGAAAAUAUACAACCUUCUUCAGGCUGUUUGGUAACCGGCUUUGUGGGUCAGAGAGCAUUUAAAUUGGCCAAAACUUGGGCAUAAAAUCCCAGUUUUCUAACUCAUCCAUAGAAAGGGGAAGUGGUAGAUAGUUAAGAUAUGCAGAUGCAGACUCCCAAAACAAGCACAAAGAGCUCCUCUGAAGGUCCUUUGAAGAUCUCUCCACGAUCUGCUUCUUCGGACGCAACCCAAAGGGGCUCAGGUCGAACCGCACGCCAACUCAAGACAACUGGACUAGAACCCAACUCUUCUUCUCCGAACAAAACAAGCAUUAGAACACCAAAGACUACAAGUCCUAUAAUCAGUGCUCGCAGAUCGCCAAAAAGCCCCAUUUCUGAGCUGCAGCAGAAACGGCCAGGCAGAGUUGCAGAACUUGAAACUCAAAUUUCUCAACUUCAAGAUGCUUUGAUAACGGUCAAGAAUCAACUAGUUUCAUCGGAAUCAUGGAAAGAUCAAGCUCAACAAGAUGCCGAAGAAUCAAGAAAGCAGCUUUUAGCUGUGUCUUCAAAGCUGGAAGAGUCUCAAAAGCUCUUGACAAUUUCUUCUUCUGAUAAACCACAUCAGAUCAAUGAACUAGAAGAGAUCCAAGAUCUAUGUGAGGCUGGUGAUGAAGAAUGGAAAACCAAACUUGAGGCAGCCAAGAAACUGCACGCAGCUGAUUUAGAUGCACUAGCUGCUGCCAUGAACGAGAUUGGUCAACUACAAGUCCAACUUGCCGGAAAAGCCGAAUCUGAAGCUGCACAAACCAAUCAAGCAGAAUCAGCAUAUGCAGAAGUACAUAACUUGAAAGAAACCGUGGCUAAAACUCUUUCCCUUGUGGAGACCAUGAAGAACCAGCUUCAAGAUUGCAGAAGUUCAGAGUCUCAAGCGCAGGCCUUAGCUAGAGAGACUUCACUAGAACUAGAAACAGCUAAAAAGAUUAUCGAGUCCCUCAAGUUAGUGGGAAAGGACAAUGAUGCCAUUGGUUUGGAAUCAGAAUCUGAAAACCGAGAUGAAGAGAUUUAUGCUUUGAAAUCUGAAGUGGGAAAGCUGAAAUCUGAUGUUGAAACGGCUGAGACAAGAUUCAACGAAGAACAAUCGCGAAGGAAAAUGGAGAUCACGAGUGCUUAUGAGUUGGUGGAGGAGAUCAAGUUUAACUCGAGGGUAAAAGAGUCCGAAUUGGAGGGUGAACUUAAGAAAUCAAAAGCAGUUAUUGAGGAAUUAAAAGCAAAUCUAAUGGAUAAAGAAACUGAAUUGCAGGGAAUUUGUGAGGAAAAUGAUGAUCUAAACUCAAAGCUGAAGAAUUCCUUUUCGGGCAGGAGAGAGAACGAACUGGAAAACGAGAUCAAGAGUUUGAAAGAAGAUUUCAACUCUUUGGAGUCGAAACUGAUGGUUACUGAGACCGAAUUGCAUAAAAAAUCAGACGAAAACGAGAAGCUGAAACUGGAAAUCAUGAAAACGGAUUGUAAAGAAUUGUUGGCUUCUGAAAACGAAUCGAUCAUCAAGGUUGAUCAUCUCGUGGAGGAGAUAGAAAAAAGCAACAAAAAGGUUGCAAGAGUGGUAGCUGAAUUAGAGGCAGCACAGGCAGCUAAUUGCAAAACUGAGGCGGAGUUGAGGAGGCUGAAGGUGCAGUCGGAUCAGUGGCGGAAGGCGGCAGAGGCGGCUGCCGCCAUGCUUUCGAGUGCGAAUCAGACGAACCAGAAGAUGGUGAUGAGAACAGGAUCAAUGGAGGCUGAAAGAAACAUUGGUUCUCCUUAUGGUGAAGAGAUUGAUGGUGAUGAUGAUGAGUUCUUGAAGAAGAAAAAUGGUAAUGUGCUUAAGAGGAUCGGGGUGUUGUGGAAGAAGCCACAGCAUAAACGAACAUGAGGGGUAUUUUGGUCAUUUACGAUGUGUUGGUUUUAUGUUGUUUGGCAUUGCAUAUAUUAAUGCUUUAUGUAGACAAAACAACUUAUAAUUAAGGCUUAUUACUUGUUACUGUAGCUAGGGUCAUGUACUUGUUUUUGUGUUGUAAUUUAACGUU